UCAUUCGUAUUGGCACCAGAUUCAUCUCAAACUAUAUUCUAGAAGAACACUCUGUCCAUUGAUCUCAGGCACGAAGCAGAAUCCAGCAAACAGUUCGCAGCAGGUAGGGUCGUAGCCAUAUAAUGGAUCCCCGACGACGAUCCCAUACAGGCAGGUCUUCAUUCAAACCUAACCUUCAAUCAUAAAGUCUGCAGUAGCCCACGGGAAGCUAUGGGGUUUGCUUUCCAAAUCCAGGGUCUAUACCGUCUUGGCAGGAGAAUCGCCAAGAGCAGCUUGAACCCAUUCCCAGGAGAAACUCCACUAAUUACGAUGAAGAUCUCGUGUUGUUGAUGGUAGAGGACUUCGUGUAUAUGUAGGAAGGUUGAUGCGUUGAUUUGGAGCGGAUAUUCCCGUUUUUCAUCAUCGGUGACUUCUCUGACGCCAACGAUUUUCUCGUAUUCACUCGUUCUUUUAGCUCAGUUCGCGACUUACUACGAUAACUAUCGCAAUAAUGCAAUUCACCACCGUCCUUGCGCUCCUCAGCGCCUCCGCUGCUAUCGCGACCCCCACGUCCGGCUCUCUUACCAAACGCGCGAACUUCCCGAUCCCGGCCUCUAAGGGAACUGUCACGUACAGCAAAGUGCAGACGAUCCCAGCCGGGCAGCCAUUUGACGGUGGCCUGAAGACUUACGGGCGAGGCGUGAAAUGCACGGGACAAGCUGAGGGCGGCGACUCAGACGCCGUUUUCAUACUUGAGGAUGGCGCUACGUUGAAGAACGCCAUUAUUGGCGCGGACCAAAUCGAAGGUGUCCACUGCAAGGGCGCGUGUACGAUUGAAAAUGUCUGGUGGUCAGCUGUAUGCGAAGAUGCGCUCAGCAUCAAGGGCGAUGGAAAUGCUAGCGUUCUCGGCGGUGGCGCUACCGGUGCAGAAGACAAGGUCAUCCAGCACAACGGCCUCGGAACCGUUACCAUUGACGGCUUCACUGUCGUCGACUUCGGCAAGCUAUACCGAUCGUGCGGAAACUGCAAGAUUAUGGGACAGCGCAACGUUGUGGUUAAGAACGUUAAGGCCUACGAUGGCAAGACGCUAGUUGGUAUCAACUCGAACAAGGGCGAUAUUGCUACUAUUUCGAGCAGUUGCGCUACUUCUGUCAAGAAGAUCUGUGUUGAGUACGAGGGCACUACACCCGGUAAUGAACCUAAGGAAAUUGGCUCUGGCCCGAGUGAUCACUGCAAGUACACCACUGUCAAUGCUUGCUGAUGGGAAGUUCUGGAGACAAGAUUUAGUACGGAGGCAUUCUCUCAGCUGCUCUAGUCUCCGUGGAUAACUCAACGGCCAAGGGUUCGCGGGACACCUAGGUAUCCACGAGAGGACAGAACAGGCAUAUUGCGAGUUUGUUUCAUCGGUGCGUGUUGAAUGCCUUCUUCUUGUACAUAUGAAUAUUUUCGAAAUCAUACAUGGAUCAAGCUAGUACAUAACCAAGCACAUAUAUCGUUACAA